AUGUCCUUCGGCUCCAUCCUGUCACAACUGCCGCCGAAGGAAACUGAGAUGCUCUCGAGAGAAGCCGUCGUGUUCCAAUUGCGAACGGCAAAGUAUGCGCCCAAACAUAUCCUGUGCGCGUACGAUGCGAGAAAGGGCAAACCUGGGCUCAAGACUGGGGUCGUUGAAAGCCUGACGAGGCGAGUGGAGGCUCUCGAAAGUGCUUCCGUUACAGUACGACAGGUCGAUGAUGCAAAUCCAAUUCAUGAGUUUACCGGUGUCGACGGCCAAACCCAAACCCACCUAGUGGGAAGUCUUGGUGCACUGACGACCGCGAUCCAAACAUUGUCCAACAAGAUCGAGUCUCUCGACAAUGCUCCUUUAGCGAAUAAUAGAACAUCGACAUUGACGGCGUCCAAAAGGUAUGCCACUGGGGAAGAUGACGAGAACGCAUCAGAUAGACAACCCAAGCGAAUAAGAGUCCAAGAUGAUCAUCAAGCAUCUCCCCCAAUUUCAUCUCAAGACUUUUCUCCCUCCGCCGUGUGUGAGUCUUCAGCACAUCUACCAAUCGAGCUCAUCAACGACGUGGUUCUCCUCUACUUUAUCCGGGUACAUAACUGGAUCCCGAUUUUGCACUGGAAACACUUCAAACAAAAAAUCCACCAAGAAGGGGGGCGCGAGCAGUAUACUGUGAUACUGGACGCAAUGGUCAUCUCGACCUUGAAAUUUGUGGCGCGAGAGAAGUACAAUCUUUCUAGUGAUGAUGUCCAACGCAUCUCGUCAAAGUGUCGGGAGUCUCUGCUUUUGAAGGCAAUGCAGUCUCUAUCUGUUGAGAACCUGCAAGCCUUGGUGAUCCUAGUCUUUACAGAUAUUGGAGACGGGUCCGCAUCCAAAGCUUGGCCGAUUAUAGGAUCCCUUUCCAGAAGUGUCGAAUAUCUCCAACUGAGCAUCGAAGAAGACGAAGCACGAUCACGACGAGUAUUUACACCUCAUUCGAUACUCUCGGCGUCUUCCUGCUGGAUAGAAGAAGAGGAGAGGCGCAGGCUGUUUUGGGUCAUCUUCAAUCUUGACAGGUAA